CCAAAUCAAAUUUCCCCUUAAUAUUAUGUUUCUUUUGUCAGAAUCGAUCAACCCAUAAAGGAAAGAUAAAAAUUUAUUGUAACCCACUGUUCGAUUUCGAAAGAAAAGAGGAUAGAAAUUGGUCAAAGAUGAGAUUGCCAAUUAAUAACCUUGUUCUCCUCGUUUUGAUGCGUAGAAAUGAAUAAUACUCACGGGGCAACAAGCUCGGCGGGUAGAAUGCAGCAAGGAAAUUCUGAUUCGUCCACUCCACCCAAGAAAUCGAAGAAACCAAAAUAUUCUAGAUUUACACAGCAAGAGCUUCCUGCUUGCAAACCAAUUCUAACACCAGGAUGGGUUAUAACAUCCUUCGUUGCUGUUGGCAUUAUCUUUAUCCCCAUAGGGAUUGCUUCCUUAUUUGCAUCAGAACAAGUUGUUGAAAUUGUGGAUCAAUACGACCAUGAUUGCCUUCCUUCUGAGUUUCGCGGCAAUCCUCUUACGUUUAUUAAAGACAGCAAAACUAAUAAAACCUGUAGCAGGAAGCUGACUGUUCCUAAACCAAUGAAAGGUCCGGUUUUCAUCUAUUAUCAGCUUGAUAACUUCUAUCAAAAUCACCGACGUUAUGUAAAAAGCAGAAGUGAUAAACAAUUACGAAGCAAGGCGGCAGAGGCAAAUACAAAAACAUGUGCACCAGAAGCAACCAUUGGGAAAGGGGCUCCAAUUGUCCCUUGUGGCCUCAUCGCCUGGAGUUUGUUCAAUGAUACAUAUGGUUUUUCUAUGGAGAACAAGGCAUUACAUGUCAACAAGAAGGACAUAGCCUGGAAAAGUGACCAAGAAAAGAAGUUUGGAUCUGAUGUCUAUCCUAAAAACUUCCAGAGUGGGAGUUUGAUUGGUGGUGCAACACUAAAUGAGAGUAUACCUCUGAGCCAGCAAGAGGAUCUUAUUGUUUGGAUGCGAACAGCUGCACUGCCCACCUUCAGGAAACUAUAUGGGAAGAUAGAAGCAGACUUUGAAGCUAAUGAUAUAAUAACAGUGGUGAUAGAAAACAACUAUAAUACCUAUAGCUUCGGUGGUAAAAAAAAGCUGGUCCUUUCAACCACUAGUUGGAUUGGUGGGAAGAAUGAUUUUCUAGGCAUAGCUUAUCUUAGUGUUGGAGGACUCUGCUUGUUUUUAGCGAUAACCUUCAUACUACUGUACGUCAUCAAGCCAAGGCCUCUUGGUGAUCCAUCCUAUUUGUCCUGGAACAGAAAUGCAGCAGGGCAGGCAAAUUAACCAUCUCUUCUGGGCCAAAUUCUCUUCUAAAUAACAUACUUUGCUGUGGUUCUUAAUCAAUGCUUUAAGUUACAGAAUGAGAGAGGAGAUCUAACUGAAUUGUAAGCUACUGGUAAAAGCCUGGUUUAUUUUUCUGGUAGCUUGGACUUUGGUUUAUAUAUGUAUAUUUUUGGACCAUGUCUUGUUUACAAAUUUUCCAAAUAAAAGGAUUCUAUGUAAGCGUCAAUGUGAAGAUGGGAACUAAAGUUUAUAA